GGGACUUGCCAUAGUAUGGAUGCUUCCCGAUCUACUCGUGUUACAAGAUCAACAGUGGGGUUAAACGGCUUGGAUGAAUCUUUUUGUGGUAGAACUUUAAGGAAUCGUAGCAUUGCUCACCCUGAAGAAAUCUCUUCCCAUUCUCAAGUACGAUCAACAUCACCAAAGAAGAGACCAGAGCCUGUGCAAAUUCAGAAAGGAAAUAACAAUGGAAGAACCACUGAUUUAAAACAGCAAAGUACUCGAGAAUCAUGGGUAAGCCCUAGGAAAAGAAGACUUUCUUCUUCAGAAAAAGAUAACAUAGAAAGGCAGGCUGUAGAAAAUUGUGAGAGAAGGCAAACAGAACCUGUUUCACCAAUUUUAAAAAGAAUUAAGCGUUGUCUUAGAUCUGAAGCACCAAACAGUUCAGAAGAAAAUUCACCUGUAAAGUCAGACAAGGAGUCAGUAGAACAGAGGAGUACAGUAGUGGACAAUGAUGCAGAUUUUCAAGGGACUAAACGAGCUCGUCGAUGUCUUAUACUGGAUGAUUGUGAGAAAAGGGAAAUUAAAAAGGUGAAUGUCAGUGAGGAAGGGCCACUUAAUUCUGCAGUAGUUGAAGAAAUCACAGGCUAUUUGGCUGUCAAUGGUGUUGAUGACAGUGAUUCAGCUAUUACAAACUGUGGUGACUGUCAGCCUGACGGGAACACUAAACAAAAUAGCACUGGUUCCUAUGUGUUACAGAAAAAGUCAGUAGCUGAAAAUGGGGAUUUGGAUACCCAGACUUCAGUGUUUCUUGAUAGUAGGAAGGAGGACAGUUAUACAGACCAUAACGUGCCGUGCACAAAUUCAGAAGUGCAGGUUGAGUUGGAGGACCACAAGAUAGUAACUGCCUGCCUGCCUGUGGAACACGUUAAUCAGUUGACUGCUGAGCGAGCUACAGGCCCCUUUUCUGAAACUCAGUCAUCUUUAAGGGAUUCUGAAGAGGAAGUAGAUGUGGUAGGAGAUAGCAGUGCUUCAAAAGAGCAGUGUAAUGAAAACACCAAUAACGUCCUGGAUACAAGUGUUGAGAGUAUGCCAGUCUCCAGAGAAUCAGAACCAUCUUCUGUUCUAGACUGUGUUUCAGCUCAGAUGAUGUCUUUAUCAGAACCUCAAGAGCAUCGUUAUACCCUGAGAACGUCACCACGAAGGGCAGCCCCUACCAGAGGCAGUCCCACUAAACACAGUUCUCCUUGCAGAAAAAAUGGACAAUUUGAGGAGAAUAAUCUUAGUCUCAAUGAAACAAAUGCAAUUGUUAGUGAUAAUGUAAAUGAGUUUCCCACAAAUCCUGAUGAAAAGUCUCAAAAUGAGAAAGGGAUGUGCUGUGACUCUCAGAAUAAUGGAAGUGAAGGACUAAGUAAGCCACCCUCAGAGGCAAGACUCAAUAUUGGACAUUUGUCAUCUGCCAAAGAGAGUGCCAGUCAGCACAUGACAGAAGAGGAAGAUGAUGAUCCUGAUGUUUAUUACUUUGAAUCAGAUCGUGUGGCACUGAAACACAACAAAGAGUAUGUGUAA